AUGGUCGAGUUCAUAUUGCGAAGUGGGUUGUUUGCCUUUCUUUACUUCCGAUCAGACGCGAUCAUGCUCGCACAGUUGGAGCAAAAGGGGCAUGCACAGCCAAGCAGGCCGCAGAUGCUUUCUCCCUGGAUGGAAACGCAACAGCCUUGCUGCAACGAGGGCGGGAACAAAGUUGUGCGAUCGAGACGUGACCUCUGGCCCGCACACGCGAAAGCUUGGCACCCUGUCCCCAUUCUGCUAGACGCCUUUCCAGACAGAGAUAAUGGCAAUGUUCACAUGCAGCUGGCGCGGAAUCAGACUUUCGACAUCAACGAGGAAGCCAGCUUAUCUUUUAAGGUCACUUAUAAAGUCGGUGGACAAAGUGAGCCAUAUACAGAACAGUGUAAGAAAGAGGGUGGUCUUCAAGUGGAUAAUCCCGGGAUGAUGUUUUUCCUUGCUCGUCCUGUACCACCGCAUGUCUCGGGAGUGUUGAGCAACGGCAAUGCGAUCGAAGCCGUGCUGCACAAAACGAACCAGCCACAUGACGGUGACACAUGGGUGCCCCCGAGGCUUUCACAUCAUACCGCGGAAUAUCCACCAAUCCGUGUUUGGCAAAAACAUCCAGGUCACAAGAGGUCACAACAACCGUUUCUCACUGCUUGCACAAUCGCACGCGCAGAUGAAACAGCAAGUGUAAAAAAUUGGACAUCAUAUAUGCACUUGGUGGGUGUGGAUCAUGUUUUUGUCUAUAUGGUAGAGCGAGAAGAGAGCUCGUACGAUGCAUACUUUUCAGACUUGGGUUCGGCGCGAUUCAUCACGCUUGUUCCUUGGCCGUUCUCGCCUGGCGGUUACAAAGCACGUUUGAGUCAGGUGGGUGCUUACGAUAACUGCAUGUGGAGGCAAAAACGUCGGGCAACAUGGACACUACAAGCCCAACAUGAUGAGUACAUCCAGCCCCUUGGAACAUACCGCAAUCUCAAAGAGCUUUUACAUCAUCAUGGUAAUCAUAUCUCUGUAACUGCUUUGGAAACUGGGUGGUUCAAGCUGUCAUCAAUUGGUCUUCGGACAGGUCCAAAUGGACUUGAAGCGGUCGAGACACCUGAAGCAAGAAGACUAUAUAGCGACGAAGGACCAGCGGAUGGCCUGAAUGUUUUCUCGGAGGAGUUUUCAUAUCGAGCAGCAGCGCCUUUCGGAGUGCAAGUGUGCGAGGGUGGGGCUGCCUCUAACACCUGCAAAGCUUUCAGAGCAGGAAACAACUUCAUGCAUUUCUUCGCCAGGCCCGACGAUGUCGUCCAGACUGGUGUGCAUGCAAUUGUAGAGUUUGUAAACGAUUCUGUUGUACGUGGCUAUUUUGAUCCAUUCAACGAAGCCCGCAUCAAUCAUUUUUCUGAGUACGCGGGAGACAGGUACAAGCACGAAAUCAACAUAGAAAUAGAUUGCCAAGGCGGGCGUGAGAAUGUGCCCCAAUCGCGGGCAGCGUUUCUGAAAGACUCGUCGAUGUUUGUCAUGAGGACUUGUGUUGAGAUGUUGUGGAGCUAUGGGUAUCUCACGCCAGAGGUUGAGGCAUGCGUGAGCAGGAAUUGGCAGAGGUCAAAGACCGACCGUAUUGUCAUGUAUAGAAAUGUGUCCGGCGAUUCAUUGUUUGAGCGCGGUGCCUCAGUUGUUUGCGAGUCGUUUCAAUUUGAGUGA